AUGAAUGUGCCAUUCCUCAUAGUGUUUCUGUUCAUUUGCUUCAAGGGAGAUCCACCAUCGACGCUGACAAUGAACGCAUCAAAUAUAACAAGCUAUUCGCAGGACAUAUAUACUCUCAAUAUCAGUUGCUUCACGGACGUAAACAAUGACUAUUGCUUGAUAUCCUGGACAACAGAUGGGCAACUACUUCGUGCAAACGGAUACGGGACAGACAAAAUACAUAAUUCGUCUUUAAUGGUGUUUGUGAAUCUCAGUAAAGAAAACAACGGUCAAACUAUUACCUGCAGCGUCAAUUGCUCCAACUUUGAUGUUCAACUAUUCAAGUCGCAUUCUUUACAAGUGCCAUAUAAACCGAGUGUUCACUUGUCGGUUAAAGACGAAGUAUUGCUUAAUGCUCAUGACUCUACCAGCGUUACUUGCACGGCAAAGAGUCUACCAUUUUCGGAUAUUGUUUGGACGGUAAACGGAGACACACAACUCCUCGUUUGCAAUAAGUCCGAGGAAUGUGUGAUGAAAACUAUCCCGAUAGAAACAAACGAGCACCGAAACUACACAUGCACAGCUUAUUUCGAAUUAGGAAAUUAUAACACAAGUGCGAACAGUUCAUUUCUUGCAAUUGGAAGAGCUUCGACCAACAGUAACGAUAUACCAAUAGUGUGGAUAAUCAUUGGUUUGAGCGUUAUUAUUGCGGCUGUCAUUAUUUCAUCGGUCAUCGUAUUGGCCAGAAAACGAUUUUUAAAGAAGAAUCAACACGUAAAUGCAAGUGAACCUCAGCCUGUCCAACAUGUCAACGUGCACGAAAAUGAAACAGUAGAAAUGAACGAAGAGGUUACGUACGCCCAAGUUAACAAAAUCAGGACAAAUAGGACAGAAGCAGUGGGGCCUAAAACGAAGGGUCCAGAAAGCAACCUAGUUUAUGCAGAUAUAGACAUCGACCAUUUGGAGACAGCCGGCAAACCACCUUCGAGACAGAGGCCGCCAAGUCCGACAGAAUAUGCUGAAAUUCAUACUAUCAGAACAGAAAGUGGAUCAAGCAGUGACAAUAUUAUAACCUAA